CGAUCCUCUGGGCUCACCUUGUCUGCGAAAGCCACACCCCCCCAGCCAGUCGAGCGAAGCCUUGCUGUUCUCACGAAAUCAAGCCUUCAAGGCGCAACCUCAUCCAGACCUCUCUCUGGUCCUGCGCAGGAAGGCGACGGUGCGGUCAGUCCACGUUUGCAACCUCUUCCUUCCCUGCACUGACAGCUGAGCCUAAGAUCAGCCGCGAGUGCCUUGCCACGAGCAUCUUACACCACUGCACCAACGUGCGAAGCGCGUAGGAUCUUCGACUUCAAGCACUCUCUCGCUGUUGCUGUGUCUUAGAACGUCAAGAUGGGUAAAAGAAAGCAGAUCAAGAAGCUGGGUGCCGUGAAGCGCAUCAUGAACCCAGCCGCCAAGCAGCAGGCAGUACAGUCCGCCGCAAAAGCCGAUGCGAAAGGCAAAGGCAAAGGCAAGGUAGCUUCCGGCAGUGGAGCACCUGGGGAAGGACCGGCGCGAAGACUUCAACCCGCGUCUUCGGCCCUCUUUUUCAAUCACAACGAGAGCUUGGGACCUCCUUAUCGCGUGCUGGUCGAUACCAACUUUAUCAAUUUCAGCUUGCAGAACAAGUUGGAAUUGGUACAGGGAAUGAUGGAUUGCUUGUAUGCUGAAGCUAUUCCUUGCAUCACUUCGUGCGUCAUUGCGGAGCUGGAGAAGCUGGGUACCAAGUACAGGAUGGCAUUGCGCGUGGCUAGGGAUCCAAGGUUCGAGAGAUUGCCAUGCUCGCACAAGGGCACCUACGCGGAUGACUGCAUUGUGGACAGAGUCAGCACUCACAAGUGCUUCAUGGUGGCGACUUGCGAUCGAGAGUUGAGGAGGAGGAUCAGAAGGAUACCGGGAAUCCCCUUGAUGUACAUCGCAAAGAGGCAGUAUAGGGUGGAGCGAUUGCCAGACCAAGGCAUGCCAUCAUGAUUCGUCAUCAUUCGGUAUCCAAAUGCAUCAACUCGUCACCAAAAGAGAGCACUGCGUGCCUGUCAAGGCGAUUCACGACUGAGAGCUGGGGGGGCGCGUGCAAGCCCACACAAGUGAGACACUUUCAAUCACAAAUCGUGAUUAGAAGGAAGCGCCGAGCUAAGCACUCAAUACGCCUGGCUCUGAGCCUCUCCUCCGCCAUGUCGACUCGUGCGAAUCAGC